CCAUGUCACUGCUGCCUGGUUCAAGCCACAUUGAGACGUCCAGUACAGAGGUGGCAGCAUGGAUCCAUCCAAGCCAACGUCCACGACAAGAGGGAUGCUUCCAGGCAUCCCUCACUAUAUCGACCGAGUUUCCGCAGAGUGCAUCUGGAAGGAAACCUUAGACAAAGAAACCAGGCUCUACCAGGAGGCAAGGGAUUCCAAUCCAGGCCCACAGCCUUUUGUCAUGAACCUGGCAAAUGCCCAGAGGUUAGGGGAUUUCUGCGCCUUGCAGCAUCGUCAUAGUCGGUUAGAAAUCAUCGCUCCCAAGGUGGAGAAAAACACGCCACAGGCGAUCAUGUCGGCUGAAGGCGAUAAGAACAGUUUCGAUUACAACGCUUUGAUGCACACUCUCAAGAAACCUCCGGAGAAGUGGGACAUCCCCUGCACCAGGGCUCAGGAAAUCGGCUGGUUGAUUGCCACUGGAAGCAGUGCUAGGGCUGUAGAGCAAGCCAAGUUGCGGAAACGGUAUCCGGAGGCCGAAGCCCUGGGACUCUGCAAGCCGCCGAAAAGCCGGUCCAUGCCGAGCUUAGCAGCGGAUCGGAGCCUGCCACGGGCACCACCUGAUCACCGUCUCAAGCAGCUGAAUAACAAUAGGUUCUACAGGCCCAAGACGUUCUGCGACAUCACGCUCUAUGCAGACAACUACAUGUCAACGAUGCACUGUGAUCCGUUUAGCAAAGCUGGAAACAGUCGAUGAGCGCCAAAUUGUCUCACAACCCACAAUGGCCAAAGGCCAUUCACCCCUGAGCGCCAUCGUGCAAAGUGGCUGGGAGUGGGAGUGG